AUGGCUAAGAAAGUCGCAGCAUCUCCAUUCACAACCAAGAAGUCGAAGUCCGCCAAAGGCGGCAAGAACCCUCUUGUUGAGUCCCGUCCAAGAAACUACGGUAUUGGACAGGACAUCCAGCCAAAGAGAAACCUCUCGAGAUUCGUGAAAUGGCCAGAGUACGUCAGAUUGCAAAGACAGAAGAAGGUGUUGUCUUUGAGAUUGAAGGUUCCUCCUGCCAUUGCCCAGUUCUCGCGUGUUUUGGACAGAAACACCGCUGCUGAGGCUUUCAAGUUGUUGAACAAGUACAGACCAGAGACCUCUGCCGAGAAGAAGGAGAGGUUGACCAAGGAGGCAGCUGCCAUUGCCGAGGGUAAGAAGAGAGAGGACGUGUCUGAAAAGCCAUACGUUGUCAAGUACGGUUUGAACCACGUUGUUUCUCUCGUCGAGAAUAAGAAGGCCAAGUUGGUUUUGAUCGCCAACGAUGUCGAUCCAAUCGAGUUGGUCGUUUUCUUGCCUGCUUUGUGCAGAAAGAUGGGUGUUCCAUACGCCAUCGUCAAGGGUAAGGCCAGAUUGGGAACUCUUAUCCACCAAAAGACCUCUACUGUUGCCGCUUUGGUCGAUGUUAGAACCGAGGACGAGCCAGCUUUGGCCAAGUUGAUCUCUACCAUCAACCCUCAGUUCAUUGACACUUACGACAACAACAAGAGACACUGGGGUGGAGGUGUCUUGGGUUCCAAGCACAAUGACAGAUUUGCCAAGAAGGCAAGAGCUGCUGCUAGAGAGGCUGCUGCCAACAAGGAGUAA